AUGGGGACCAUGAUCCGAGACCCUCGUGUUCGCCAGACUCUCAACCAAAUCUCGGAUAAUAUCGAAUCCGUCGCCGACACAGCCAAAUUCGGCUGCUUUAACUUCACAAAAUCCUACUUGGAACCCUGCAUAAACUCCAUCGCUACGGUUUGUCCUUCUCCGCAGACUAUCUGUCCAUGUUUCUAUCACGAUGGCUCAACUUCUCGCCGUCGCCGUCGUGGUCGCCCGGAAUUCGCCUUCGAGUUCUACAAUUCCGACUACGAUGACGAUUCUGCGCCGGAGGAUCCUUUACGGUGGGGAAACGACGAGUUAGACAGGUUGCUGGCUGGGAGCGGAGUUGCUGGCCGGAGGAGGAAGGCGGGUUCAAGAAAUGAGGGGAUGUAUUACACCCGGAGUGGGCAAAGGCGUGUUGGACCUGAAACAAGAAGGAAAUCGGCUCUGGCUCGUGAUGGUGGGCCGGACCCUACAAUUAUUCCCAAUACGGCCGCUUUGGGUUUCCUAAGUUAUUUCCCCUGGGUCAGAAAACGGCAAGCAUUACGAUACAAACCCUCUGCCGCCGAUUUACAAGACCACCCUGGAGGGUACGGUGGGGUAGGAGGAGAAUUUCGAGAAGAGGAUUUUGAUGCAGAAUCAGAAGCGCUACUUGGUAUUGGAAGGGGAAAUAAUCGACAUAUUUCGCAAAACGAAAGACGAGAUAAAACAGGACGGGGUCGCAGCGGGACUACAAGCAGCGGCGACACGACAGAUACUUUUCGAAGCAGAGCAGAUUUAUUCCCUAGUGAAGACGAGGACGAUGCUAUCCCUUUGGACGAUGAGUUCGACAUCAUACUAGAACCGGAAACCGGAUCGAGCGGCAAGAGAUCUAAGAAGGGAAUCCGGAGGCAACGAACGGGAGACACUAGCUCCGGAAUGAGUGGAAAUGGGAGCGUUGGGUCUCCAGCUAGAAGCGGAAGAAAAACGCCGAUGAGUGAUGAAUUUAGGAUUGAAGACGAUGUGGAUUUAGAUGAAGAUGCAAGGGAUGUUGAAUUAAACUUCCCGAACCUGGCACGGGGCCAGAGUGACGAGGAUUUAAGAAGGGAGGAAGAGGAGAUUCGCAGGGAAGAAGAACAAGCGAUCAAAAUGCGGCGCGAAGCGGCAAAAAGGCUAGCAAUUUCUCGAGGAUUGAGUAGCGAAGGACCAUCUUCCCCACUUCUUGACACCGCAGACCGGGCAGUUCCAAUGUUCCAUGCCGUUUCCCCAGUUAUUAUCCCUGAUUCGGAUAUUGAAGAUGUACCGCCCCCACUGGCACUGACAUCAAAGGAAACGCAAUUCCAAACCGAUUCAGCCAUUGAUAUAUCAGAGCCUCCCCAAUGUGAGGUCAUAGACAAGCCGAUAACUCGCGAAACUGAUGUUAGCCUCAAAAAGCACGAGUCCUCGGCGGAGCUAACGGAAACGAAUGGAAACCCUGGGAUUACGCAUUAA